UCCUCUCUCUCUUCAUUCUUAUGUUCAACAGUUCUCCACAAAACCCUCUUCUCUCACUUCUCCUUCUUCUCUCAUUAAUGAUGGAACGGCCUUACCUUCAUCUACUUCUUCUUUCAUGAUUAAUCUGUUUGUGGACUCUUUUGGGUUCUCAAAGCAAGGAGCCAUUGCUGCAUCUUCCCAGCUUCUCCAUGUCAAAACCCCUGAGAAAGCUCUCUCGGUGCUAAACUUCCUCAAAGCCAAAGGUUUUGAAGCAAUCCAUAUCCAUACAAUUAUCAACAAGUGCCCCCAUCUUCUUGCAGCCAAUGUCGAGAAAAACCUAGUACCGAAAUUCAAAUUGUUUGAAGAUUUGGGCCUUUCUAAAUUCGAUCUUGGGGCCGUCAUCUCUGCAUAUCCAACCAUUGUUACGUAUAGCUUAAACAAAAGACUUCUCCCUAACAUUCUCUUCCUUAAAAACUACUUGGAUCCCAAAGGUGUCUUGAAGUUUCUCAAAGGUCAAGGUCGUAGAUUGGUGUCCAACAGAUUGCAGUCCAAUGUUAGGUUCAUGGAGAGCCAGGGAAUUGGCGGCUCGAAGUUGAGAGCACUCUUAUUGAAAAGGACGGCCUUAUUUGAAGUGAAGUCCAUUAGGCUUAUAGAAAUCACAGAGAAAGUUAAGGAAUUGGGUAUUGAAUCUCACUUUAAAAUGUACUCUCAUGCUGUUGGGUUCAUGAGUUCGAUGAGCAAGGAGACAUGGCAGAGGAAAUUUAAGUUCUUUAAGAGCUUUGGGUGGUCAGAAGAAGAUAUUCGCACCGCUUUCCAAAAGGUGCCUGUAAUCUUUUGUUUUUCAGAACAGAAGUUGCAAAAGACUAUGGAUUAUUUCAUCAACGAACUUAAAUAUGAUGAGAAAUAUCUGUGUUUUCAUCCACAUAUAUUCAGUUAUAAUUUAGAGAGAAGGUUGAUCCCAAGGAUUAAUCUAUUGAAAGUGUUGAGGUCAAGAAAGUUGCUGGAAAAGGAUGCAAAUUUAUCGACAAUUUGUGUUUUAUCGGAGAAGGCGUUCUUGGAGAGAUAUGUGUUACGUUUUGGAGAAGAGGCAGAAAAUUUGCUCAAUAUUCAUAAGGGAAACAAAGAAAACUCAAGAAAUUGAUGCUGAGCCUAUGGUCUAAAACAGGCUUAAUAGCCAUUAAAAUCUGAAUUCCAUGACUCUUGUUUUGUUAUAUCUCUGAAAAGAAGAACUGAAUGUCAAAAUUUUCUGUGUUGUGAUCCUUGUGAUUUUGCCUUGCUUCUCUUUGUUCUGCAUUGUAUAAUAUAGGUUACAAGAGCAGAAAAGCUUGCUAACCUCUACACAGAUGCAAAAUUAGAUGGUGAUAAUUUUGGGUAAUUCUAACCAUGUGAUGGAUUUGUCUGGAAAUUUGCACACAUUUUGGCCUUUCUCGCCCGAUUAUGCUCUCUAAACAUAGGAAGUCAUUGUUGGAUUGCUGGGCUCAUUUCUCCUCAAGUUUAGGGCUUUUUCUGGGAGGAAUUUGCUGGGUUUCUCCAAAUGUGGAAGCUCUAGCUAGAAAAGUUGGGAUUUUUUUUCCUCCUAUUAGGUGGGUUUUAAUUCCUGUUUGGAGUUGUGCUCAGUUGGUUAAAGACAAAUUAGGGCAAAGAGAAGAUUCUUUAGGGUUUCCUUUGAAGAAAACUCUGGAAAAUGUCCGCUUCAUUUGCACCUUUUGAUCACCCAAGAAAUGGAGUGCAGUGUAGGCUCUGAACCCCUGGUUUUCAGUUGUAUUCUUCAUGUUCUGGAUACAUGAUUCUUAGAUUUUUGUCUUCUCUUUUGGGGAAUGCAAUGCUUAUGAAUGCUUCUUGGAAUAUCUUUGUUUUCCUUCUGGUUAUGGUUAUGGUUUUGUUUUUGUGGAUCUUAUAAACUUUCAUAUGUUUGAAGGAGAUAACUCUUCUUCUCUGUAUCCCUUUGCAUUUCCUUUGUGGUGGUGGUAGUUCAUCUCUGCAUCCUUUUGCAUUUCCUUUGUGGUGGUAGUAUUUCAUCCCUGUUUCCCUUAGCAUUUCAUAGUGGUGGUAGUUGUUGAAGGGUUUGCUUUUUUUAAAAAAAUUUUAUUGCAAAUGUGUUCUUCUAUGUUCGACAGCUCACUUCACGAAUCAGAUGAUGUUAAAUUUGACCAGAACUUGGUAGAUGUAUUCUUGUAUGUUUUGAUUAAGGGAGAGUUCUUUGAUGCAGUCAAUGAUCUUUGUGGAUAAAUGGACGAAUCAGAUGAUGGUGAAUUCUGGCAAGUAAAACCCAAGUAUUUAAUUUGACCAGAACUUGGUAGAUGUAUUUUUGUAUGGUUUGAUUAAGGGAGAGUUCUUUGAUGCAGUUAAUGAUCUUUGUGGAUAAAUGGAGGUAUAAGCAAGUGGUUAUGGAAACCCAUGAGAAGCUCAAGUUAAAAAAGCUGAGAAAAAGGAAUCAUACAGAGGUCCUUGUUGCAAUAUAACUGCAAAUGAGGGUGAAUUUCUUACGGUGCUGCAAGGUUUAAAUCUUAUUAGAGAAAUGUUUCCAGCUGUGUCUUGUGUGGUAGAAGGGGGACUCAUUAAAUGUUGUAAUCUGCUACAAUAAAUGUAGUAAGCUGCUUGGAGAUUGUUCCCAUAGAGGAUGGAUGAAGUGAGGGACUUACGUAAAGAAAAUGACGGAUGGACUUGUUAAGUUUGGGGUGGGUUUGGAGACGCUUUUGGUCUCUAAGGACUAAAUUAAUAUUUGAGAGCAUUGUAUAUCUUUACUAUAAUAAUGAAAUCCAAUAAGUUUGCCAAA